CCGUUCGCGCGUCAACAGCAACAGCUAGGAUGUUGCGAUAACGGUGGCAGCCAAAGAUUGCUGCGGUUGCAGAGAUUAGGCUGCAGGGAAGAAACCUCUACCUAAUGUUUUUUUAGAUGUCACAUUCUUGUGGUUUCUGAUUUACAGCGACAGGCGGAGGCCGUUUUCCGGACGACUCCUCGCUUGUUUGUGUUUAAGAGAAAAGGCUGCAUCGAGGUUAUGCGUUAGCUAAGUAAAAAAAAAAUCACAUUUUUUUUUCAUUAAUUGAAGGAAGUAAAUAGCCAGACGAGCAGAUAUGUGGCAACCAACGGACGCUUCACCUGAAUGAGGAUGGAAAGAUUUGUUUCGGGGAACACAAUCGUACAAGUUACACGUCGGAUAUAUCGCAUUCGGGGACGUUAUUUUUAGAGGAUAACCUGGAUAACCUUACACGAAAUGUCAUAGCGCGUGAGUAGCUAGCACUGAGCUAGCUUGGUAACGGUUGGACGAGAUGGAGAAGGACAUAGUGUUAUCAUCAUCAGCAGCAUCAGCCGACCAUGAGCAGCUGCAUGGGUAGCUAAAGACAGACUUUCUCCGGAGAUGCUGGGUGGUGUAAUUCACUUACAUAACAGCUCUACAGUCGCAGCCACUCCAGCCUUUCACAGGGUGGCUUGUGUUGGCAAGUGAAUGGGAAAUUUGCCACCGAAAUUCUCAGCUUCAUCAUCAUAAUACGUCGGGAGAAAAGGGGGGCAUUUCUGCAUGUUUUGAGGCUGCACUCAUCAUAUAGACUCUCCUGCAGCGUCAGAUUCAGUGCACAUAUUCUGUGCAGGGGGAAAAAAGCAUCUCAUCACAUCUCUGUGUGUGUGUGUGUGUUAGCUUCACAUACUCCUGACGUUUCGACAACAUGAGGAAGUUCUUUGACUCUCGUCGGGAGUUGGUGAGCUCUGGGCCUGGUUCUGGAGGAGGAGGAAGCUCUGGGUCCAGUCACGCAGGCGGAAAUUUUAUUGGACGAGGCUUCACUGUCGGGCGACACCAAGUCACUGUUGAGGAGGUUAUUGCUGAAGGUGGUUUCGCAAUUGUGUUCCUCACGCGAACAAAUCAGGGGGUGCGCUGUGCCCUGAAGAGGAUGUACGUCAACAAUGAGCACGAUCUGCAGGUGUGCAAACGGGAGAUUCAAAUCAUGAAAGACCUCGUCGGCAACAAGAACAUUGUUGGUUAUCUGGAUUCCAGUAUCACGGCCGUGGGAUCACGAGAUGUAUGGGAGGUUUUCAUACUAAUGGACUAUUGCAAAGGAGGGCAGGUGGUCAAUCUGAUGAACCAGAGGCUGCAGACUGGUUUCACUGAGGCUGAGGUGCUGCAGAUAUUCUGUGACUCCUGUGAAGCCGUCUCGCAUCUGCACCAGCGCAAGACGCCCAUCAUCCACAGAGACCUAAAGGUGGAGAACAUCCUCCUGCACGACAAGGGCCAUUAUGUGCUGUGCGACUUUGGCAGUGCCACCAACAAGUUCCAGAGUCCGCAGACUGAAGGGGUGGCUGCCGUGGAGGAAGAGAUUAAAAAGUACACCACCUUAUCAUAUCGUGCCCCUGAAAUGGUCAACCUCUACAACAAUAAGAUUAUCACCACCAAAGCAGAUAUCUGGGCACUGGGUUGUUUGCUCUACAAGCUGUGCUUCUUCACUCUGCCCUUUGGUGAAAGCCAGGUGGCCAUCUGCGAUGGCAGUUUCACCAUUCCAGAUAACUCUCGCUACUCUUACGAUCUUCACUGCCUCAUUCGCUACAUGUUAGAGCCAGACCCAGACAACAGACCAGAUAUCUACCAAGUGUCCCACUUUGCUUAUAAACUAGCUCAGCGGACCUGUCCUGUUCAGAAUGUGAAGAAUUCUCCAAUUCCUUCCAAACUUCCUGAGCCAAUCAAAGCAAGUGAGGCUGCAGCAGCGAAAAAGAGCCAGAAUAAGCCCAGAUUGACAGAUCGAGUUCCCACCACUGAAACCUCCAUCACCCCUCGCCAGAGGCCCAAAGCUGCACAUACCCAGCCUGCUGCUGGCAUUCUACCCAUCCAGCCUGCUGCGCUUACCCCGCGCAAGCGGGCUAAUCUCCCGAGUGUUGUAGCUCAGCCUGUUGGAGUCAGUUUAGACCUCUUCCAGCCAGCUGCAGCUCUGCAGUCACAGAAGGCCCAGACCUCAGCUCUGCCUCUCAUUCAGUCCCAAAACAGUUCCAGUCAGGCAGUGGCUCCACAGAAGCAGGCCUUGCAGCCAGCUGCAGCUCCGGCAGCAGAGGCCACAGCUACAGUAUCACCAGUGACUAAUGUUCAACCACAAGCACAGCCAACAGUCCAGCAACCGACCACACCUCCCUCUGCAGUUCAGGCACCAGUGACGCCAUCCAGCCCGGCCCCACCUCAACGCCCGGCUCGACGCAGGCAGGCUGGCCAGCCUCAGCAGCCGGCUUCCCCCGGAAAACCGGCCUCUCCUCAGCCACCUGUAUCUCAGCAGCAGCAGCAGCAGAUCAGUCAGACACCAGCUGCACAGGUUCAGCCUGCCUCCACUGAGAUCAGCCAAAAAUCAGCUGAGGUGACUCCACCUGCUUCCCCAAAGACAACGGAAGAACGAAGCCACCAAUGCAUUCUGAGUGACGCCCCCGCAAGUAGCAUUGCUGCAGUUACAGUCAGUGACUCUCAGCAGCUGCGAGGAGUUAAUGGGGAUGCUGGACUCAACCAAGCGCUCACAUCUCAACCAAGCACCACCCUGCAUGUUCAGCCCAGUGUUGCAGAUGAAGUCCAGGACCAAAGCCUGACUGGAUCCACUGUUCCUGCCUCUGGUGGUGCCACCAGCAACCCCACACAGGCUGCGUGGAACCCCUUUGACGAUGACAACUUCUGCAGCCUCACUGCUGAGGAGUUCAAACCAGAAGACAAAAAGCCUAAUGAAACGGAGACAUCCUUUGAAGAGUUGAUACCAGGCCUGCAGGCCUCAACUGUGGAUAAUGAACACCAGGAAAAAAUUGAAAGACCAUCAGCCAUUCUUGACCUUGAUUCGGAAGCGUCGCUGUUGGUUGUACCUGAUCAUUUCCAUAUCAUCGACCUGUUAGAUGCACCAGAGAAGCUGAUUGAAGGACUCAAAUCUCCUGACACAUCUUCACUGAUGCUUCCUGACCUCUUGUCAUUGUCUGAUCCCUUUGGUGGCUCCGUGGAAGAGUCUGCGAAAGACUCUCUGACUGCAGAAGACUCCCUCCUGGGCUGCUCCCUCAUCUCUGCUCCAUCCACCACUCCUGCAGCAAGCAGCGCCACCUCCUCAGUAUCUUCUGCUCCCACCUCUGCUGCCUCUGUUCUGGAUGACUUCAGUCUGUUGUCUGGAGACUCUGCACAGCCUAAAGCAGAUUCCUCUUCCUGUCUGAUCUCAGACUUGGAGCCACAACAAGCCAGCGGAGAGGCAGGCACAGAGGACGACGAGUUUGAUCCUAUUCCCGUCACAGGCCGAAAGAACUCCCAAGUUUCAGGAGGCCACUCGCGCAGUAACAGUGGUGGCUCUGAAUCCAGCCUGCCAAGCCUGGCCCGCUCCCUGCUGCUGGUGGACCAGCUCAUCGACUUGUAGGCCCCUCCCCCCCCCCCCGCCCCCGAGUAGAAGCUGUAACACUGGAUAAUAGACUGGCAUAGCAUAACUGCAAUCAGCACUGUUGUCAUAACUAGCUUCCUGCAUCCCUGGCUGUCAUCUUCAUUGUAGAUCCUACAAAUAGAAACUUCCUUCGCCUUCUAGUGCUUCUCCACUCCCCACCCUCUCUGCAUACAGAUGACAUUAUCUGGCUUCUCUUCACCUCUUAUCUCUCUCACCUUCACACCUACAUUUUUUCUCCGUCGUAGUCUCUGUGCAUCAUGUAUUUUUUUCCCCCCCAUUCUUUCUCAAGAUGAACCUUUGCAUCCUUCUGUCAAUCAGGAUAUAAUAUUGCUAUCCAGUUUGUUUGAAUAAUACUGCGUUAUGUCUAAUCGCGAACAAUAGGAGAUCAUUGUUGUAAUGUACAAUAGGCAUAGUUCUAAGUGGUUGUAGUAAUUAUUGUGCACAAGUGAAUUAGUCGUCGUUUGGCUUUUUAAGUCCUCCCCAGAUUUUUUUGCACAUUUUAAAGAGAAAAAAAAAAACCAUGACAACUUUAAAUAUAUAUAUAUAUAUAAUUUUUUUUUUUCAAUUAAGGUCAUUUUAUUUCUCCUGCGAAGGGAAACCUGUUUGAAACGUGUCAUGUAGCUUAAAUUUGCACAGUAGCAUAAGUGGCACCUCUGUCAGCUUUGAGCUGGAAUAUCGUAUAAUAUAAUUUAAAGCUGCUAUAGAUUAGACUGAAGAAAAAAAAAUGAAUAAUGUCACAAUCUGGAAACAAAACAGCCAUAUCCACACAUCCUGCUUCUCUUUCUGCUUCUGCACCACACAUAAUUAUAGUGUCGUGGAAAAAAACAAAGCAGGAGACGAGGUGUUUGUCUUAUAGGACGAACAGCAAAGUGCCAUAAAGUAAUCUGUGAACUGCUGACUGGAGAAGUCAUGGAGGUGUACAGUGUCUGCUAAACUCAAUUAUAUAACUACAAUAACGAACUUAAUUUCCAGGCAGAAGUGUACUUGAAGAACAGGGACCUGCUCUUAUUUUACUGUUGUUUUAAUCUUAACUUUGAUUUUGUCCUUUGGAGACAAAGCAAUAGGUGGCUUUUGGAGUUAGAGGACAAAUCAUGGCCGUUCACCAGUGUUUAUAGCAGUGUGCCAUACCAACAGAAAAUGCAUGAAAUCGUGAAAACGCCAAGAAAAAAAACCAACUAAGUAGAAAUGGCUAUUCGGGAAAUAGUCGGCACUAACGGAAACGACAAAAGAUUUUCUUGCACUCGCGUUUUUGUUUUUUUUCGUUUUUUUUUUUAAAUUGAUCCCGCAUCAUGCAUUCCUCCUUCCUACAUUCCUGCCAUUUAUUGGUUUACUCAUGACUUGUGUAAAUAUACAAUUUAUCUGCUGACUCUUAUCCAGACUAUAGUCUGUGGACUAUGUCAUGAAGCUUUACGUUUGGAAAACAUUCUGCUUUACUUGUGAAAUCUGUCUCUCUCUCUCUCAUAUAUACAUGCAUACAUACAUAUUUUGUUUCCUUGUUAAUAAAUGUUAAUAUAAAUAGAGUGUUAGAGAAUGAAUGUAAAAAAAUAGAUCUUAGUCUAUGAUUAAAUAUAUAUAUAUAUACAUAUAUAUAUAGAAAUAAUUCUUAACUCCGUAAUCUAUGAAUACUAUUGAAGAAUACUCUAUAAAUAUUUCAUUCCUCCUUGUGUGAUGAGAAAGUUGUUGUUUUUUUUUAUUCCCUGUUUCUGAUUAUUGAAAUGAUUCUCCCUCAAUAAUUGUCAGUACAUUCAAAUGUAUAGAUGACGCGAUCCCCGGUCUUUGUUCUACUCGGACGAUUAGGCCGAAAUCCCUGUAUGUCUUAUUCCGCCCGUGUUAUAUUUGUUUACAUGGACUGAUGAAGGAUUCUAUUUUUUAUUCUUAAACCGUCAACAGUUUUCCGGAGAGAGCGAGAGCUUAACCUCUUGAAUCUUGUUUCAUGUCAUUGCUGAAUUAGGACUUCUUUUUUUCUCUCCCCCUGCCCCUCAGAGAUUGUGUGCUUAUGUUUUUCUCGCUUUACUGGUUUUAGUGAUCACAGACGUCAUAUCGAAAAAGCAUGGCAGUGUUGUUGAAUGUUCUGUUCAUGUGUGUUGGUGGUAUAAACCGUGUUAUGAUCAGUAUGUAUGUGUGUGUGUGUGUGAAGUCAGAUUUGUUGGAUGUGUUUUCCAGUAGCCUUCUUGUGUUGUUGUUUGCAACAAACAUGGCGACGGUCACGUUGUCAUUAAAAUCUCUUCUGAAAGCACAGCCCUCUCCCCUAAUUCUCUCAGGUCGUCAGUGCUACGUGACUCCCUCUCUCUCUCUCUCUUUCUCUCUCUGACUCUCUUCUUUCUCUGAGAGUUGGGACUCAUAUUGGCUUUCCCCGCGCUCCGCAGUCUCACUGUCCUCUGGAAGUCUGCGCUCUAAUUUACAGCUAAGAGAAUCUGUGUGAUGUCAUAUGUACAGUUUGAGGGGCUCUGUGAAGUGUGAGAGAGGUGCGUGAAGGUGCAACACUCUUGCUCUGCAGCAGUGGGUUGAUGAUCCGUCAGCUGUCCAGGGUUUGAAAAGUCAGCUCUGUAUCCGCAAUAGAAAUGUAUCUAUAGGAUCAAACAGUCAUUUUGUCUCCACAUGCUCGAUUACAGUGGGCCGACUUAUCGCCAACCCCCUCUUUUCUGUGUUCUAUUAGAAUAAACAAAAUAGCAAUGAGUAGCAUACAGUUUCUGUAUGUUAUGAUGUCUAAAUAAUCCUGAUUUCUUGUUUCAUCAUAACCAUUUAACCUUUAAAUCUGUCUAAGAAGAAGUAAAUCAAAUCAAAUGUAGUUGCCUAUGAUUAAAAGUAUGAAAUAAAUAACAAACGUUGUGCUGUAAUUAUGGUGACCUAAUCACAUGAUCAAAAAGAUAAAGGAUUCAUGUUCUAUUAGCCUGCAAUGCAACAACAACAACAACAACAAGAAAAAAAUCGAUAAACAUCAAGGAGUCUCUUUUAGGUGCUGCAUGUGCAACUGGUGACCUAAGUUUUUUUGUUGUUUUUAUUAAUAAGUCAUCCUCUCCACGUCAUUUGCAGUCACUGUUUGAACCUAUGCAACUCCCGAGCUUUCUCCCUGUAGCUGCCUGUGUGCUGUUGUAAAAGGUAAAGCCAAGCAGGUGCUGAGUUUAGUCCUGUGACUAUGAAACAGGAGCCCCUCGUUCUCUCUGCUGUUUUGCCCCCACUCCAAAAAAUAAGAGAGGAAAAAAAGAGCAAUCGGAUCCUAAUGAGUGUUUUGAAAAUGCCUCUUGUCUGUUUGGCCCAAAACCUGCGUCAGAGCUGUGGUAUCGUGUGCUCCUUCUAUUUUUGUGAGAUAAUUAGAAAAUUAUAAAGGAAUAGCAAAUAAAAUACAAAUGUGAAUGUCAA